AUGAACUUACAGGCAGGGUUCCAUGCAAUCCCAAUUGCAGUGGAGAGCAUCCCAUACACUGGAUUCUAUGUGGAUGGCAGGGGACACUACAUAUACAAACAGAUGCCUUUUGGGCUCACCAGCGCCCCAACAGUCUUCCAGGAGAUGAUUGCAUUGGCAUUCCACAAUCUACUAGGGAAAAUACUUGAAGCUUGGAUGGACAACCUAGCAACAGCAGCAAACACAUUUGACAAGGGCAUGCAGAACAUAUGUACUAUAUUCAACUGGUGUUGCAAAAAGAAGAUCUCCCUGUUGGCAUUGAAAAUGGUCCUAUUCAUGACAGAGGCAGUAUUUGCAGGCGCAAGAGUGUCAUAA